AUGUUUUCCACGCCCAUUAACGACGAGGAGGAGGCCCAUCAAGUUUUCAAAAUCCAGGAAUACUUCUACGAACAUGACCUCGAGAAUCUUCUGACUGAGCUCAUGGUUGAGCUCGGCAGUCGAAUGCCCGAAGACCCCACCCUCUUCAUGUGCACCUACAUCCGAGAGUGGUUCAAUUGUGUCGGAAGCACCACUAUCAAGCGCCACGCUGCUCGAAGAGCUUCCACUGGCAGCCUCUCUUGCACACCAGAGAGGACCAAGGGAGGUCAGAAGGCGUCUAGUCCCAACCUGAGCUCCCUCGCUCACGACUUAUCCAAUGCCGCUCUCAAGAACAUGGUCAUGGCUAGAGUCACCAUGCAGUUGGAGAAGGAACCUUCAUCGAUCAACAGCUUCGUCAUGGAGUGGAUGGAGGAGCAUCCUACCAAAGUGCCCAGAAGGCCUAGUUUGGCACAAAGCAAUGCGGCCUCUGCUCGUAGCCGAGUCAGCACUGAAGAUGGCAACUCCAGCAUGAAAGGGUAUCUUUUCACAAACCUCCUUUGCGCACAACGAAGGUUUUCCAUAUUCCACUGA